UUGUUUUUUUUUUGUUUCAAGCAUUGAAUUUAUAAAUAUUUUGUAUAUAGACAUUUCAUUUAAUUUAUAAAUAUAUUGUAUACACACAUUUAUAAAUAUGAACUCAUGAACAUACUUGCAUCAAUGAAGGUAUUAAAACAAUCAAAUGUGUCUAGUCAAAAGUCUUCCCGGUUUAUCAAUUUCAAUCCACAUGCAUCACUAAUUACUGCACAAACAUAUGCAUCAAACAUGGAGUAUGGUAUCAUCCUUAAGCGAUCCAUUAAUAAGGAAAUUUUAUCAAUCAUUUUAUAAAUGUAUGUCAAAGCAGCCCAUUAACAAGUCCAAUUUUACUCUCUUAUUCUUUAUUUCUAUAUAUACUUACAAUCAUGUACUCCAAAAAUCAUAGUAUCAUAUAUAUAAAAAGCUAGGUUUUCUCUUGUCAAUUCCUUCCCUUCUACCAUUCUUUUCUAUUCUUAAGUUGGUAUAAUUGACUUAUCAAACGACAAGGGCCCUUUAUUUUCUCUCCACCACUUUUCCUUCUUUUUUUUCCUCUCCACGUUUGUCUUUCCCAUCUUUUUCUCUUCUUUUUUUUUUCUUUCAAAUGAGAAUUCAAUCAUGGACUUGCAAUAUCGAGGAACACCAAGAUGCUUCCUCCCCUAUCUUCGAAAUGUUUAGCUCUCGGAACAAGAUCUCCAUCGUUGAACUAAACGAUGACAACUUUCUUCUGUGGAGAUUUCAAGUUGUUACAGCAUUGGAAGGUUAUGAUUUAGAAAAAUACCUUGAUUCUUCCUUAGAACCCCCAUCUCAGUUUUUCAAUGUCAAAGUCGAAACACCCCAGCCACCCUUGGCGUGUCUUCUCACAAACUAUCCAAACUCCAAACCCAGAAUUCAAGAAGUGAAAACCCAAGAUCAAUUAAUUUCUUCAUGGUUGCUCGGUUUGAUGAAUGAGGAUAUUCUCAACCAAAUGCUCAACUGCAACUCCACAAAGGAUAUAUGGGCCAAUCUUCAUGGAAUUUAUUUUGCACGAUGUCUUGCUCAAGCAAUGCAAUUAAAGACUAUGGUUGCAUCUCAUGAUUUGAAUAUGGACAGCAAUUGGUAUCCUGACUCUGACGUCACAAAUCACCUCACAAAUAAUUUCAACAACCAAUUUAUUGGAUUUAAGUAUAGAGGUGAAAGACAGGUUUAUGAUGCAAAUGGUUCAGGAUUAUCACACUGGCCAAACACUUCUCCAAGGACUGCUCCAUGGAAGUCUUUAUUGAUUCAACAUCACCCUUCUCAUUACUAUCCCACGAAGAAUAUGUCACCAUCUAGUUCUCCUAAAGUGUUGAGCGUUGUCUCACCAUCAAUUUAUCCCUUUUCUCAUAGUCAUCAGGUUGAUAUUUAGCAUAUGCGUCUAGGCCAUACUAAUAUUUCUGUUGUUAAAACUGUUCUUCAACAGUCCAAAUAUCUCGUUUUGAAUAUAAAUAAAUUAAAAUUUUUUGAUACUUGCGCUUUGGGUAAAACCCAUGCUUUUCCUUUCUCUCCUCUACAUUCUCAAUAUACUCAACCCCUUCAAUUAAUUGUUUGUGAUUUGUGGGGUCCUGCUUAUAAUUUGUCUCAAAAUGGUUUUCAAUACUACAUUAGUUUUAUGGAUGUUAGUAGUCGUUAUAUAUGAAUUUACUUUCUCUAAUCUAAAUCUGAGGCCUCUUCAACCUUUUUUUAAAUUUAAAAAUUUAGUUGAAAAUUUGUUGGGAACUCGUAUUUUACAUCUACAAAUUGAUGGUGGUGGUGAGUUUAACCUCUUAUACCUUUCUUAUCACAACAUGACAUUGAACAUCGUUUAACUUGUCCCCAUACUUCCCAACAAAAUGGCUUAAUUGAAAGAAAGCAUAGGCACAUAGUUGACAUGAGCCUUCUCUACUGUCUCAAGCUUUUUUAUCUCUUACUUUUUAGGAUGAAGCUUUUUCCACCGCUAUCUACCUGAUAAACAGACUUCCUACUCCAGUUCUUGCUCAUGUCAGCCCUUUGGAAAAGUUGUUUGGCCUAAAACCCAACUAUUCUUCAUUACGUGAUUUUGGCUACAAGUGUUUUCCUAGUUUACGUCCUUUUAAUUCUCACAAGCUGUCUUUUAGAUCAAGCCCAUGCACCUUCAUUGGCUAUAGUAACUCCCAUAAGGGUUACAAAUGAUUAUCGCUUAAUGGUCGUCUCUACAUUUCUUGUCAUGUUCUAUUUGAUGAAUCAUAUUUUCCUUAUGCCGCUAUGAACACACCCUCAUCCUCCCUCACUCCAACUACUAUCUCCCUUCUACCUAUCUAUCUAUCAUUGCACCCACUUCUAAGUACCAUAAUGAAGUUUUGCACCACUCUGUUCCAAUUCCUAAUAAUUCCGAGAAUCCAAAUUCUACUAAUAUGUAUCAUCUUACAGGUUCUAAUGCAGUUUUGCGGCACCUUGCUGAUCCUCCUUCCAAUAUGGGGAAUUACGGAACUUCAUCCUCUAUGGCUCCUUUCCCUAUUGAUGUUCCUCACGUUAUCAAUUCUCAUCCUAUGAUGACUCGAGGUAAGUGUGACAUUUUUAAACCUAAGCAUAUUUAGUUGAUUACACACAACACGAACCAUGUGAUGUGUUAAAGAGGUUCUUAAACACCCUUGUUGGAAGAAAGCCAUGGAAGUUGAAUAUACCGCCUCGAUGAACAACACUUGGACCUUAGUCCCUAAGCCGAUUGACAAAGAAAUCAUUGGGUGCAAAUGAGUUUUCAAAAUCAAAAGAAACUCUGAUGGUUUGAUUGCUCGUUACAAGGCUCGCUUAGUUGCCAAAGGUUUCCAUCAAACACCUAAUAUUGACUACACAGAGACCUUCAGUUUGGUUGUCAAAUCUGUUACUACUCGGGUUCUCUUGACUCUUGCUCUCAUGAAAGGUUGGUCCAUUCGUCAGCUUGAUGUAAACAAUGCUUUUAUUCAUGGUUACCUACAUGAAUCUGUUUUUAUGGAACAACUGUUUGUAUUUCAUGUCUCUGCUGCUCCACCAAUGGUAUGUCACCUCAUGAAAGCCUCAUAUGGCCUCAAACAGGCUCCUCAUGCAUGGUAUGAAAGGUUAAGUUCUUAUUUGCAUUCUCUUGAUUUUCGAACGUCUUAAGCUGACACAUCUUUACUCGUGAAAACUAUUUCUACUACCUAUUGUCAUAUCUUGAUAUAUGUUGAUGACAUCAUUGUUUUGGGUAGUUCAUCUAUUGUUUUGGAUGAGUUAAUUAAAUCUUUGAACUCUACCUUUGCUUUAAAAGAUCUUGGCAAGCUCAACUACUUUCUAGGUAUCAAAGUCUCUUAUCCAGAAAAAGGAGGGAAUGUUUCUUUCUCAAUCUAAAUACAUUUUAGAUUUGCUACAUCGAACCAAGAUGGUUGAAGCCAAGCCUAUUUCUACUCCUGUGAUUAGUGGCCCAAUUCUAUCUGCUCAUCAAGAAGACUUUUUUUUAUGAUCCUUACUUGUAUAGAAGCAUUAUGGGUGCCUUACAAUUGCCACGCUUACUCAUCCUGAAAUCUCUUUUAGUGUUAACAAAGCUUGUCAGUUUAUGCACUUUCCAACUAUUUUACGUUGGCAAAUGGUGAAACGUAUUCUCUGUUACCUAAAGGGAGUCUUAUCUCAUGGCUUAUGGCUCCAAAAGUCGAGUCAUCUCAAUCUAUAUGGCUUUGUAGAUGCUGACUAGGCUUCAGACCCCGACGACAGAAAAUUCACUUUUGGCUUUUGUGUCUAUCUUGGUGGUAACUUAAUUUCAUGGGGCUCCAAGAAUCAAUCUAUAAUCUCUCGUUCAAGCAUAGAAGUGGAGUGUCUUUGUCUUGCUCUUGUGGCUACGAAAAUGGUAUGGAUUCGUUCUCUUUUAACUGAUCUUAAUAUUAUCUUACAUCAUCCCCCUGUUUUGUGGUGUGACAACUUAAGUGCAGGUCAUCUAAGUGUUAAUUUUGUACUCCACUCCAAAACAAAACAUGUUGAGAUCGAUAUUUACUAUGUUUGUGACUUGGUGUUUCAAAGAAAAAUAGAAGUUUGCCAUCUUCUAGCCAUUGAACAAAUAGCGGAUGUUCUCACCAAACCAUUGUCAGUCGUAAAUUUUUAAAAAUUCAAACGAAAACUCACUAUGGUUGAUGCUGCUGCCCUUGGUUUACAGGGGGUGUUAAGGCAGCCCAUUAACAAGCCAAAUUUUGCUCUCUUAUUCUUUAUUCCUUUUAUGUAUAAAGCCCAAAUGAUGAGGGUUAUUUUCUGAUAUUUUUUAGUUAUAAUUUGUCGUGGGUGAGUGUAGGGUAAGAGUUUUUCCACCCAAGCUUUCUAUAUAUACUUACAAUCAUGUACUCCAAAAAUCAUGGAAUCAUAUAUAUAAAAAGCUAGGGUUUUCUAUAGCUAA